ACCAUCUCUGCUGAUAUCCCUAGUGGCUCUUCCGUUCCUUCACUCACUCUCCAUUCGAAUUCAUCACCACCAGUGCACCCUGGUUCUCUGGCCAUUCCCUCCACCGGAUCCUCUCGGGGCGAUUCCUCUGCCCGCAAAGCAUCUGACAUGGCUCAGACAUUUUUGCCCUCUGUCAAGGCCAUUGCAGAUGCAAUUCCACUUGCUGGUGCUCCGAUCAAAGCCACUAUUGGUGGAUUAUUAGAAAUCUUUCAAGUCAUGGAUGUGAGAGUUGUGUCGUCACGAGGACAUUCUUGAAUUUUAAUGCUAUCGCAGAGACAUGGUCAGAAUAAGGAGUCUGGCAUUACGACUCGAUCGACUACGUCUCGAUUUAUACUACGCCCCACGUGCCCGAGAUCAUCGUGAACGAUCCCGGAGGGAAAUUCUUAUUGGCAUGCUGCUAGACACCUCAGCCACAUUGACAGAGUUGCGUAAACGUUCUCUCGCAUACCCAUCCGUCACACAAGAUAUCGCUGGGUGCUUUACGAAAAUCGACCGUUAUCUGGCGGAUUAUUUGUUGUCGUCCCAAAUGCAAAGCGGAGGUGACGUCCACGAAGUGUUGACAAUUCUGCAGAGGCAGCAGGAAAUCCUGAUGAGAAUUGAAAGCGCGUUCUUCCCUGGGCAGCCCUCUGUGGGGCCGGUCGUGACACUUGGCUUUGUGACGCUGGUAGAUGCAACAGGCCGCUUACAUCCAAUACCGAUGGACGUCUGCGACUCAUUUGAGCGAUUCAACGAGAUGCUCCAACUUCUAUUAAAACACGACUCGGUCGAGGCUCGAAUUCAGAGAUGGUAUAUGGAGCAAGGACAGUAUGAUUUGUGCAUGGACGACGACAAACAAGUAACCCAACUAACAAGCUAUCAAUGGCCAAGUAUUGAAGCAGGCACGAAGAUCAUUAUGAGGGUUGUCAUCGAACAGCAGACACCAUCAUACUCUGAAGUUUCCUACCGAUGUCCCUUUUGCGGCGAUGUGAAUCGCCUUGACAUUGGGCCUGUUAUAUAUUCGCUUGAACGGCAGGCUGGAUGCUCGAUUGAUUGUCGAAAAUGCAAACAACGAUUUCAUGUCUCCCGCGGGUACUCCAGUACAAAGCGGAGCACGCGACCCUCUAACACCGACUCCAACCACACUACCGACACAGACAGGCGCCCGAUUCGCGACGUGAAUGGAGUUUCCGGGAGCAUGCUCUCCCGCCUGAAACGGUUCUUUGGUCUUGUAUAUUUGUUGUCAUUAUCCGUGGAGACAUAUUCAUCUCACUCUGAGUGACAGGUUGGCCGCGUACCGAUCGACCAAGCACAUCUUGUUCAUGACAUUCCCGCAAGCCAGACCCCCAUUGCCAGCCUCCUCAAUGAACAUCACCCUACUUCUGACGUAGAAAUGCGCCUGAUUCGCAACUUUCACGUCCAGCAAACGAUCUCCGACGAUAUUAGGGUUCUCUGCAUCCAACCA